AUGAGUGACAUAAAUACCUUGUUAACCGCUCAAAGCGACAUCCACGGUCGCAUAGCCAGAGCCGUGUCCAAUCUGAAGAAGAUGGGUGCGGGAAACAUUACUCUCCAUGCCGUGGAAACUCGUCUGGUUCUCCUUGACAAUUUGUGGGCCAAAUUUGAAAAGCAGCAUGAGCUCAUCCGAGCGCACUACAAGGAAUCGUUUGAUGAAAGUGAGUACAGUACAACUCAAUUUGCCGAUGCCGCUGAAAUUACGUACGUGCAGCAACGGAGCUUGUUGACCGAGUACGUGAUGAAGAUCAAGGCCGAGAACACAGAUCCUGCCCCUCAGGUCGAAUCGAAAGGCGACGUCUCCACUAAAUCGACACUGCCGCGUCUCAAAAUUCGGUCGUUCUCCGGAACAUUCGAAGACUGGCCCUCGUUUCGAGAUAUCUUUAUGUCCAUUGUAGGGAACAAUUCGUCCAUCUCGAAUGUGGAAAAGUUCCAUCACUUGAAACAUUGCUUGGAGGGGCCAGCUGAAACGUUAAUACGUCCGUUGACAAUUACCGGAGAUAAUUAUCUGCGUGCCUGGACAUUGCUGUGCAAACACUACGAGAACAAACGGGAGCUAUCGCGCUCAAAUUUUUGUACAUUCACCGCCGUGCCGAGAAUGAAGGGAGAUACAGCCGAAGAGCUCAGUCGAAUUUAUAAUGCUGCCAUUAGCGCGGUGAACGGCCAAGAAAGCAUUGGGAGAUCAAUCAACACUCACGGUCACGAUCUCUUUAACCAUCUCAUCAUUGAGCUCUUCGACCAGAAAACCCGCCUCGAAUGGGAGUCACACACAAAUGACUCAACCGAGUUACCAAAUCAUGAAACACUCAUGGAUUUCAUAGCAAAACGGACACUCGCUCUCAAAGCCGCGAAAACGAAAACCGCCAAUGUCUCCGGAGACCCGUCGCGAUCCGCGAAAACGCAUGUAGCCAAGAGCGCGAACCAUGCCUCCAACUGCGUUUUGUGCAAAGGGAAGCACAACGUCAUGAUGUGUGAACAGUUCAAGGUCAAGUCAGCAUCCGAUCGAAAGGCAGUAGCAGAAACAUACAGAUUAUGCUAUAACUGUCUCGGUUCUCACGCGAUUGCGAAAUGCCAGUCAAUAAAGACUUGCGCAACUUGCAAGGCUAGACACCACACGCUUCUUCAUGACGCGUACGUUGCCUCGAAACCUGCCGAAGUCAGCACGUUGUCCGCCGUGCAACAGGACGAAGAUUGCAAGGCCAUUCUACUAGCAACUGCUAGGCUCACCGUCGCCGACCGUCACGGGAAUCCGCAUCCAGUGAGAGCUCUAAUUGACCAAGGAUCAGAAGUUUCACUGAUCUCCGAGGCGCUCGUGCAACAUCUGCGUCUGCCUAGGUCCCGAGCGGAGGUCACUAUCUUCGGGAUUGGCGGCUCUAAGUCCGGAUUUACUCGAGGAAAGGUAACUCUCAAUCUCAUUUCCAAGGUCAACGGACAGCAAGUCAAAGCUGUCGCCUUCAUCCUUCCAAGACUCUCUCUCUACCAAGGGGCGGCGAUCAGACACGCAAGGUCGUGGCCUCACAUCAAGGAUCUUCAACUCGCGGAUCCAGAAUUUAUGGCCACCGACCCUGUCGAAUUGCUACUUGGUGCGGAGGUCUGUUCGAUUAUCUUGCAAGAUGGCCUUCGAAAGGGUGACCCUCAAACUCCUGUUGCUCAGCGAACACUCUUUGGGUGGAUUCUUUCAGGGGGUUGUGGAGAAAAUCAGAUUGCAGCCUUACGCAGCUCUUUCCAGUGUACCGCAGAUCAUGACUUGACUGCGCUUGUGCAACAAUUUUGGGACCAAGAGAAAGAACCUACCGCUUUCCUCGCACCCUCGCCCAACGAGCAAUUAUGUGAAGAAAUCUUCUCUCAAACGCAUACCCGCACGGAAACAGGGCGAUAUAUGGUGCGUCUACCAUUCGCCUCGAUACCAACUCCCCUCAAUGAUACAUGUCACUCCGCCCAACGAAUGCUGACUGCUAUGGAGAACAAGUUCAAACGUAAUACUCGGUUCGGGGAGCUCUACCGGGACUUCCUGAAAGAGUACGAACAAUUAGGGCACAUGGAGUUGACAUCAAAAUCAUCGGAUUCUCAAGAACAAGGCAAGUGUUACCUACCUCACCACGGAGUGCUGCGAGAGUCAAGUGCUUCGACCAAACUGAGGGUGGUAUUCAACGGAUCGCAGCCUGCGAAGACUGGCAAGUCCUUGAAUUCUCAGUUAUUGACCGGUGCCAAUCUUCUGCCUCCACUCGCUGACUUACUGACGCGAUGGCGAUGGCAUCGGUAUGUAUUCGUCGCUGACAUUGAAAAAAUGUAUCGUCAGAUACUCGUGUUUCCAGAAGACCGCGAGUAUCAGCGUAUUCUUUGGCGUCAAACAGAAAACGAUUCAAUUAACGAGUAUAAAUUAAACACUGUAACGUACGGUCUUUCAUGCGCGCCAUUUCUUGCCAUUCGCACUCUCCGCCAGCUGGCCGAUGACGAAGGAUUGAAAUUUCCGCAAGGUUCCGCUGCAUUGCGACGCGACAGUUACGUUGAUGAUAUCGUGACUGGAACGCACACCAAAUCCCAAUCAAUAGCGUUACAAACGGAACUCCGUCAGCUCUGCAUGGCGGGCGGGUUUACGUUAAAAAAGUGGGCCGCCAACUGUCUCGAAACCCUCGUUGGAAUACCAGCAGACCAUUGUCUCAUGUCAGCAUCACACUUAUGGGAGCACGAAAGCCACUCCACCUUGGGACUGAAGUGGCAUCCUGUCAACGACGAGUUCGCGUUUACGAUUCGGCGUCGUACUGUUACCAAGUACACGAAAAGAAUUGUUCUAGCGGAAACAGCUCGACUAUUUGAUCCUCUCGGAUGGCUGGCUCCGGUGGUGAUUCGCGCCAAAAUUCUCAUUCAAUCCGCUUGGCUGAAACAGCUAGAGUGGGAUUCUCCGCUUCCGGCCGCGGACGCGCUCCGAUGGCAGCGAUUUCUUGAGGAGCUUCCACAGCUUGAACGUCUUCGCAUAAAACGUUAUCUCGGAACCGGUGCCGAUGAUUCAAUGAUGGAGCUCCAUGGCUUUGCCGACGCUUCCGAGAGGGGAUUCGCAGCUGUCGUAUACCUUCGUGUCAUCUGCAAGGACGUCGUCACAAUACAUUUACUCGAAGCGAAAAGCAAAGUUGCUCCCGUCAAGCCCGUUUCCUUGCCAAGAUUAGAGCUGUGCGCCGCCGCUUUGCUGACAAAGUUGACAGUUCACAUUCGCUCAAUUUUGAACCUGUUUACAGCUCCGGUUAUACUGUGGUCCGAUUCCAGGGUCACUCUACAUUGGAUUCAAGGUCACGCUUCCCGGUGGAAGACCUACGUGGCUAAUAGAGUGUCGUCAAUCCAGGAGCUGCUUCCAACCGCACAAUGGCGUCAUGUUCCUGGAAGAGACAAUCCAGCAGAUUGUGCUUCUCGGGGAGUAGCACCGGAUGAACUAGUUCAUCACCCACUCUGGUGGUCAGGUUCCUCGUGGCUGACAAAAGAUGCCUCAACCUGGCCAAGUGGACUCCCUGAGGUUUCUUUAGAGGAGCUGCCCGAGCAGCGUAUCACCGCGCAUGCUACUAUGACAACGAGUGUCACAGAACCCGAACAGCUCCUCCGCUUUUCCACGCUUCAUCAGCUUCUGAGGAUCUCAGCGUGGUGCCUGCGCUGGCCGCGGAUCAAGGAAGCACAGCGAGAGUCCGGAAGACCGGAUCUAACCCCAGACGAGCUGGACAAGUCAUUGUUUCGAUGGCUUCAAGUAGUUCAAGCACUGCAUUACUCCAUGGAAGUUUCCGCAGUCAGGAAUCACAAGGCAAUACCACAUCGAAGCCAACUUCGAACUCUGAAUCCAUUCCUUGACGAUCACGGAGUGUUGAGAGUCGGAGGUCGCCUAAAGCACGCUAUCCUUUCACCUGACGAACGGCAUCCAAUGAUUGUACCUCCACAAUCAUAUCUCACUCGCCUAUUAGUGGAAUCGUGUCACCGCCGAACACUCCAUGGAGGGGUACAACUAACUCUGGGCAUGCUGAGCCGUCAAUGGGGGACCUGCCCAGAGGCCAUAACUCCUGCUAGACCGUUCCUAAAAACCGGCAUUGACUAUGCUGGACCAAUCUUUAUCCGCUCGAGCCGAGGACGUGGACAUAAAUCAUAUAAAGCAUUUAUCGCCAUCUUCGUGUGCCUCUGUUCCAGGGCCGUACAUCUUGAGGUUGUCUCGGACUACAGCACCGAUGCGUUCCUGGCGGCGCUCCGCCGAUUCACAUCACGAAGAGGAUUGUGCUCAGAUCUUUUUUCAGACUGUGGUACAAACUUUGUCGGUGCAGACCGACAGUUGCGAGAGCUCUUCAAAGCAUCCCGCAACGGCCGUCGCAUUGCCCAUGCCGCUGCGACAGAAGGAAUACGAUGGCACUUCAAUCCACCAUCCGCACCGCAUUUCGGGGGCCUUUGGGAAGCAGCGGUGAAGUCAACGAAACAUCACCUUCGACGAGUGAUUGGCAACGCCACUCUCACUUAUGAGGAAAUGAAUACUCUCCUUACUCAAGUGGAAGCAUGCCUUAAUUCUCGGCCACUUCAAGCACUUUCUGACGAUCCUGACGACCUAUCUGCGCUAACUCCAGGACACUUGCUCAUUGGCGCUCCAUUGCUAGCUAUUCCAGAGCCGUCGUUGAUGGAGAAGACAGCAGGCUCUCUCUCUCGAUGGCAACACCUUCAAAAAAUGCGAGAUCACUUCUGGGAAAGGUGGUCGCGCGAGUAUCUGCAUACACUGACCUCUCGUCCAAAAUGGUUCAAGUCAACCGAAGCACCUCACCUGGGCUCUCUUUGCAUUGUGACUUCCGAAAUAACUUCACCGAAUAGAUGGCCACUGGCUCGCAUCACGCAGCUGCAUCCGGGAGAAGAUGGAGUGACCCGAGUAGUGACCGUCCGCACAGCUUCCUCAGAGUUUGUUCGACCACUCGUGAAGCUAGUGUUACUGCCAGACUGCUCUUCUCCAAUCAACCCAUCCGGGGACAUAGGAGAGUAUUAA